GGUUUGCUCUCGAGGGUGGUAUGUUAGGCAGAAGGCACUUGCGCCUGGGCGAGGCGCUCAGCCGAGGGCUGCAGCGCCGCGCGCCCUCCUGGUGCGGGCGAGCGUCCAGUACCCAAGCAGCAGCCCUAGCGAAGUCCUCGGCCCACUACGACCUGGUCAUCGUGGGGUCUGGGCCGGCGGCGCAGAAGUGCGCCAUCGAGAGCGCCAAGUACGGCAAGAGCGUGUGCAUCGUUGACAAGUCCAGUCAGCUGGGAGGGGUCUGCGUCCACACGGGGACCAUCCCCAGCAAAACGUUCAGGCGAGCCUCCCGCCGUCCCUCGCUCUUACUCCCCGCGCAGGGCUCGCAUAGUAGCAGAGCCGAUGCCCAAGAGCUCUGUGUCCAGCCAGCGGAGGCCGUCCUACAUUUGACAGGGUGGAGGCAUCAAGGGUUCUACGGCCGGUCUAGCCAGAGGGCAAGGGCGGCAGUGGCGAUCCCUGACGUGCUGGCCAGAGUGCAAAAGGCGAGCCUGUCCGAUUUGGGGAUUUACAGCCAUAUCACUGCUCCGAUGGUUGAGGCGAAGGAGACCGAAGUGGUGCGGGACCAGCUGCAGCGGGAGGGCAUCGAGCUCAUCUCCGGAACGGCGAGGUUUUUGCCCGGGUCGGAGGGAGAGCCCCACCGUGUGAUGGUCCUGCGGACCAGCGAGAAGACGGAGGCGAAGACAAGCGUGUACCGUCACAUCGAGGCGUCCCUUCCCAGCGUGACCCUCUCGGCCGACCGUUUCCUGGUGGCCUGCGGGACGCGGCCGCUCCGGCGACCGGACGUCCCCUUCGACGGCUCCCGCGUCUUCGACUCCGACCAGCUGCUGUGGGGAGGGGUAGACAGGGUGCCCAGGGACCUCAUCGUCGUGGGGGCCGGCGUCAUCGGCAUGGAGUACGCGAGCAUGAUCAACGUCAUUCCGGGCACCACAGUCACGGUGAUCGACCCGAGGGACGAGGUGCUGGGGUUCGCGGACCGGGAGGUCACGCAGGCGCUGUGCUACUCCAUGCGGAAGAACGGCGCCAGGUUUCUCCUCGGGGAGAAGGUGAAGAGCGUGGAAAAGAUGGCCGACGGCAAGGUGGUGGUGGCCCAUCUGCUCAGCGGCAAGCGGGUAAAAGGGGACGCGCUCCUGUACGCGAUGGGACGCCUCGGAAACACUGACUCGCUGCACUUGGAGGCGAUCGGGGUGGACCCGGACGAGCGCGGACUGCUGAACGUCGACGACUCCUACCAGACGGCGCAGGCAGGAGUGUACGCGUGCGGGGAUGUGAUCGGCUACCCGGCGCUGGCCUCAACGUCCAUGGAACAAGGCGUGCGGGCUGCACAUCACAUGUGGAGCGACCACGGAGCUCUCGCGACAGAUGCCGCAACCAAGGCCGCAGUGGCAGAAAGCGCUAUCGAGAACAACACCGGCAGCUUAGGCGACAGCGAUAGCGAUAGCGAUAGCGAUGUGGAGGAGGCGGGAAUUGAAGACGGGGAAGAAACGGAAGAUUUGGAAUCUGCAGCGGCGGUGGCGGCGGCUUCGCAACCGUCUCAACAAGACCCCGUGGCCGCCGAAGGCACGACCACUCUGAACGAAGCAACCAGCAGCACGGGGCCGUAUGGGAGCAUUCCCAUGGGCCUCCUCGAUCGUUCCUCGGAGCUCCUCUUCCCGUACGGCAUCUACACCAUCCCCGAGAUAUCCAUGGUUGGGAAGACGGAGGCCCAGCUUACGCGGGCGCACGUGAGCUACGAGGUCGGUCUCGCGGACUACCGAGAGCUCGCCAAGGGUCAAAUGCUGGGAGGGGUGGACGGUUUCUUGAAGCUCUUGUUCGACACGAAAACGCUCAAGCUGCUAGGGGUGCACGCGUUCGGCGAGGGGGCGACAGAAAUCAUCCACAUCGGCCAGGUCGUCAUGGCCCAGGGAGGCUCCGUGGAUUACUUCCGGACGGCGGUGUUCAACUACCCGACGCUGGCGGAGGCUUACAACGUGGCCGCUAGAGACGGGUUGAGGAAAGUUGGCAUCAUUUAGAUAUCGAGACUGGAUUGUUGAU